AUGUUAUUUUCAAAAUUCAUGUUGUAUUCGAAAUUUGGCAUUCUCGCAGCUAUCAGUUUAUGUAAUGCCUUUACAGUCCUUCCAGAACCGAAUCGUCAGCUCGCCUCUACAGCUGCCAGCUUCAUACCGAUACCUACUCACGCUCCUAAAAGAUGGGUCCAUCCUGGCGUUUUUGUGAAUGCGAAGCAGCUGGAUUUCGUCAGCGAGAAGGUUGCUCGUAGCGCGGAGCCUUGGAGCAAUGCAUUUAGCAGCAUGAUGAACUACAAUUACUCAUCUCCAUCAAGAACUGCAGUCCCAUACAAGACCGUUGAGUGCGGGCCCACAUCUACGCCUAAUAUCGGUUGUUAUCAGGAGCGCGAAGAUUCUAUGGCAGCAUACAUCAAUUCGUUGGCAUAUUGGAUCACCAAGGAAAGGAAGUACGCAGAAAAGGCAAUCUAUUACAUGGACGCUUGGUCCAGCACGAUCCAAGGCCAUAGUAACUCCAAUUCUCCCUUGCAGGCAGCCUGGUCUGCUGCUAACUGGGUUCGUGCGGGUGAACUAAUGCGCUAUGCCCCUGGUGGAGGCUGGUCGCGGAAGGGCAUCCAAAAAUUCGAGAAUAUGUUGACGGAAGUCUAUCUCUCCAUUGUCUUACCGGGCGAUACGGCUAAUAAUGGCAAUUGGGACUUAGUCAUGAUGGAAUCUUCCCUCGGCAUUGCGGUAUUCACUGAAAACAAAACAACGUAUGAGGAUGCAAUGAGCAAAUUUGCGGGCCGAGUCCCUGCCUAUAUUUACUUGACUUCCGAUGGUCCGUACCCGGUGCCUGGCCGAGGUGUGAAAGACACCCCAGCGGCACUCAUUAAAUACUGGCAAGGACAGCAAUACUUCAAUAUCAGCGGCAUUACACAAGAGACUUGUCGUGACUAUGCCCAUACCAGCUAUGGAAUUUCAUCCAUAUCGCAUAUUGCUGAGACAUCUCGGAUACAGGGGGAGGAUCUAUGGCUUACAAAUUUAGGAGUACGAGUUGCAGCCGCUCUGGAGCUUCAUGCAUCGUUCGAAACCGGACAGGAACCGAUUCCCGACUUCAUCUGUGGUGGCCAUAUAGAGCGGUCUAUGGAUCCUGUUCUGGAGCCCUCCUACAAUGCGCUUGCUUAUCGCAUGCACAAACGGAUGCCAUAUACGCUUAGAUUCCUGAUGCAACAGCGACCCGCUGAGAUCGGAGAGCCGGAGCCAUUGUUCAUUGGGUUUGAGACCGUGACAAAUGCCAAAAUUCCAUUUUAA